GCACUAAACGAGGAGAGGGAAACCUUCGAACCUUCCCUGCAAUUUCUUGGAUAAAGGAAGGAAACUUUCCUCCUCCUGCAAAACAAAACAAGUCUUCGUUUACCUGAUCUCAAGACGAUCAAUCGCCUCACCCCGUCCGCAUUUGAUUCAUUGCUUGAUACGCACGCAACUCACUCAAACCCAGUUUCUACCAGUUUCCAGAACAGAGCUGAUGGAUUCAGAUAACGGGACGCCGCGGCCUCGGCCUCCUCAAGGUGAUGGAUUCAGAGCAGGCCAGGGCGAUUGGAGGAGUCAAUCUCUGCCGUGUUCACGACAAGAAAUUGCCAUCAAGAUAUUCGAUACAUUGAAGACGCAUCGUUCCUCAUCUGGCCAAGAGGAAUUACCAGAACUCAUGAAAAUUGCCGCAGUCUUUGAGGAAAAUGUUUUUACUUCUGCCACAAGCCAGUGGGAUUAUCUACAGAAGAUUUCUACAAAGAUGUUUACUGUGGAGGCCAAGUCUCCGAACACAAUAUUGGACACUUCUUUACAAGCUAACUCUUCUGGAUCAUUAUUGAUACAUUUGGUUCGCAUUUUUCUUGACCAAUGUUCUAAAGAUUCCCCAGCUCCGACAAGACAUGCAAAUGAGGCUAUUUGGCAGGAGGAGGUCUAUCAAAAGAUCAAAGACAUGAAGGAGAUGUACUUACCCGAACUGAGUGAAAUGUAUCAGAAGAUUACUAAUAAAAUUCAGCAGCACGAAUAUUGUCUUUCAACACAACCAAAAUCAGAGGAGCUUGAGAAGCUAAAAAUGUUCAAGACAAUGUUGGAGCGUGUUAUAUUAGUCUUGCAGGUUUCCAAAAGUAGCAUUUCACCUAGUUUGAAGGACAAGUUGUGCUUAUAUGAGAAGCAGAUUAUAAAGUUUAUUAGUACAAACAGACCAAGGAAGCCAGUUUUAUCUCUGCAGCAAGGGCAGCUCUCCUCAUCUCAAAUACACAACAUGCAACCGUCACAAUUUCACACUACUCAAGUCCAUCUUGAAAAUCAAAUGAACCCAUUGCUGCAGAACAACAUGACUAGGUUGCAGCAAAAUUCUGUGUCUUCUGUAGCUGGGGUUUCAAUGGCACAGAAGAACAUGUUGACCGUGGGCAUAAAACGAGACAGGGAAGAAAGUCUUGAAGCAUCACGUCAGGUAUCAAGAACCACACUUCAACAACAAAAUUCAACGGAUCAACAAAAGCAGCUGCAUCAAUCACAAAGAGCCCUUCCUGAGACGCCAUCAAAUUGCAGGGUCCAGACUGGGAAUGCAACUGUGGGUGAUUGGCAAGAGGAGGUCUUUCAGAAAAUCAAAGUCAUGAAGGAAAUGUACUUGCCCGAGCUAACUGAAAUUCAUCAGAAAAUUAUUACUAAACUUCCACAGCUCGUUUCUCUUCCAGAAUAUUCAGAGCGGAGUGAGAAGCAAAAAAUGUUCAAGACCAUGAUCGAGCGCCUCAUAUCAGCCCUACAGAGUUCCAAAAAUUACAUUACACCUAGUUUGAAAGACAAAUGGGGCUUAUACGAGAAGCAGAUACUAAACUUCAUUGAUGCAAAUAGACCUAGGAAGCAGAUCCCCUCGUCUGAUUUGCACUCCACCCAGCAGCCAUACUCUCAACACUGUGCCGCAGAAGUAAAACUAGAGCCAAUAGAAGGCGAGGGUUACUGAGCUAUGUGCCGCGGUAUGAAUUUACUACUACACCUGUAGAGAAGACAAAUGUUGCUCCAUCAUAUUCACCAUCAAGAAGUGGCCUAUCGAGCUUUGUAUAAUCUCUUGUUAAUAUAUAGUACAUUUACCGCCCUAUCUAGUGUUCCCCUCCUAAGGAUAAGCAGUCUCUGGUAAGAAGCAAUUUUUUUGUAGACAAUGAUGUAACACAUGCAUCUUUAGCUAGUGAAAAAGUGAUU